AUGAGUGAAUCAUUGUAUGAACGCAAAUGCCCAUAUUGUGGUGUACCAAUAACCAAGAAUGGUGGAACAAAUGCUAUUACCUGCAUUUGUGGUAAGUGCUUCUGUUAUUAUUGCGGUGAAGGCUUUGAAACCAGAGAAGAAGUAUACAAACAUGCUAAAGCUGAGGAUCAUCUCUAUAAUUUACCUCCUGAUCUAGCAAAGCGCCAAGGCGAAGAGGUUUCAGAAGAGAAACUUCAUGAGUUCUUCAAUAAGUAUUCGAGACUGAAAGAUCUGUAA